CAAUGGGUGUCAAUGGACUUAUUAAAUUUAUCAAGUAUAGAUUCCCUGAAAUAAUCGUACCAGCACCGAAUUUUGAAGUAUUCGGAGGAAGGCGAAUAUUCAUAGAUUGCGCAAUCCUACUACAACGUAGCAUUCAUGCAGCAACGACAGCGAUUUUACGGAGAAGACGAAGUGACUAUAAGAAGGGAAACAACAACACAUAUAUAGAUGUCCACGCUAUACGUAAUGAAAUUUGCAACCAUGCGAUUAAACCGCUGUUGCGCAUGAACCAACAAUUACGAGAAGUGCGUACUGGAGGUGGCAUAGACGCUACUUUUGUCCUGGGCUCAUCGCUUACCGUUAAGGACCUUUACAUCGCAAGUCGUAACACAAGUGAUGACAAUGCAAUAAACGUACUAGAUUGCAAAAACCCGCAGUUAAGGGAUUCACUGCGAUUGUUUUUUGAAAACUCCAGCGUCAGACUCUAUGCUGCGCCCAGCGAGCGUGAUAUGCUGCAGUUCGCCCAGAGGCUGUCGGAUGCAUUCGCCUGUGUAGAAGUGAGGCAGCCAAAUAUCGUAAGGCGAUGCGUGGAGUUCUGCGACAGAGAAACUGACUGCGUUUUAUCAGAUGAUACCAACGCCAUCGCACUAGGAGCACCUAAUGUAAUAAGGGACUACUGCGGCAAGAAUGUCAGCACUACGAUCAAUCAUAUCGCAUUGUUGGAUGCUAUGGGAUUCUCACGUGAUCAGUUCGUGGACUUCUGCGUAUUAUGCGGGACGGAUGGUAUACCGCUAAUACCGCAUAUAGGACCUGAAAGAGCUUAUCGUAUUGUAUCUAGUUUUAACUCCCUAGAAGCGUUCAUUCAUUCAGAAACGCUAGACAACUUCCUACGUGUACCAAACGUACACAAAACACUGCAAAAGCGAAAUGUAAACUUGGAUGAAUUCAAAAAUUCACUUAUGGAUGUAAAAUCACUAAGAAACACCCUAAUUGACAUAAACGUAUGAAAUG